ACGUAGUCAAAAUUGUAAGGCCAAAAUUCUAGGUUGAAAUUCCCACUAAAACGUGUCCAAUCUUUCUUCAAUUCAAUUCAAUUUCUCUCAUUUUUCACACCAUGCCUCUUCUUCUUGCCACUGAUUACGUUACGUUUCUCGUAAUCACACAAUUCAGUUCAAUACUCCACAAUCCCAAUUUCAAUGUUGGUUUGUAAGAUUAUUCAUAUUCAUUGUCAUGACCCUAUGUUCUUUCACUUCUCAUCAAUCCAUCCAUGAUUCUUCAACAAGCUUCUCCCACUUUUCACUUCUCUCUUUGUCCCUGCAACAACAAUGCUUUUCCUUCUAAUUUUCCCCUUUCCAAAACCAUGAAGAAACGCUUCAUUUCAAAUUAUUACUCGUAUCACAAAUUCCGAAGAAAAAAAUGGAUUAUUCACUCCUCUUCGAUUCGCAAACAAGGUUCUACUAAUUGGAACGCCAAUUCCACUACACGGGGUGCUAAAAGUUUCGUACUUGAUAAUAGGGUUUCGAAUGAUGAACUUGAAGAAGGUAAGUUGCAAGAUUCACAAGUUCAAUUGGGUUCAAACUUCACUACUUUUCAAGAGGAUCCGAUUGUGGAUAAGCUUAGAACUCAGUUGGGUGUGAUUCACCCGAUUCCGUCGCCUCCUAUAAACGGAAACAUUGCUGGUUUGUUUGUGUUUUUUUUCUUUGUUGGUGUUGUUUUUGAUAAAUUGUGGACUUUUAGGAAAAGGAGAAACAAAAUUAGUAGUAGUGAAGAUAGUUUUCGUGGUGUGUGGCCUCAAGUGCCUACUAGUUUUUCUUUGUUUUUGGAAAAGGAUUUGCAGAGGAAAGAGUCGGUUGAAUGGGUGAACAUGGUUUUGGGGAAGUUGUGGAAGGUUUAUAGAGGUGGACUUGAAAAUUGGGUUAUUGGGUUGCUUCAACCUGUUAUUGAUGAUUUAGAGAAGCCUGAUUAUGUUGAAAGAGUUGAGAUUAAGCAAUUUUCAUUAGGGGAUGAACCUUUAUCUGUUAGGAAUGUUGAGCGCAGGACUUCUCGCCGUGUCAAUGAUUUACAGUACCAGAUAGGCCUUAGGUAUACUGGAGGUGCCCGCAUGCUUUUAAGUCUUUCUCUUAAAUUUGGCAUUAUUCCAAUUGUUGUACCUGUUGGUGUUCGAGAUUUUGACAUUGACGGUGAACUUUGGGUAAAAUUGCGACUAAUACCAACAGAACCUUGGGUCGGUGCUGCUUCAUGGGCUUUUGUUUCACUUCCAAAGAUCAAAUUUGAGCUGUCUCCAUUCCGCUUGUUCAAUUUAAUGGCAAUUCCAGUUCUCUCAAUGUUUUUGACCAAACUUCUUACAGUAGAUUUACCUAGACUAUUUGUACGGCCAAACAAAAUUGUUUUGGACUUCCAGAAGGGAAAAGCUGUUGGUCCUGUCAUUGUUGGUCCCGUCGCUGAUGGUGUUAAAGAUGGAGAAAUGCAAGAAGGAAACAUGGAUUCUGUUGGUGAACUAUCCGUCACUCUUGUGGAUGCUAGAAAGCUUCCUUAUCUUUUUGGCAAGACAGAUCCUUAUGUUAUUCUUAGCCUUGGAGAUCAAAUCAUACGUAGCAAAAAGAACAGUCAAACUACUGUCAUUGGCCCCCCUGGAAUGCCAAUUUGGAAUCAGGAUUUCCAUAUGCUUGUUUCCAACCCUAAAAAGCAGAAGUUGAAUAUCCAAGUAAAGGACGCAUUGGGAUUUGCAGAUUUGAGUAUAGGUACAGGAGAGGUUGAUUUGGGAUCUCUUCAAGACACAGUACCAACGGACAUAAUUGUGGUCUUACAAGGGGGUUGGGGUUUUAGAGGAAAGGGCUCAUCUGGGGAGAUAUUGCUUAGGCUAACAUAUAAAGCCUAUGUGGAAGACGAGGAAGAUGACAAGACCGGGGAGGAUUUGAUUGAUAUAGAUGCUUCAGAUGACGAGUUGUCUGAUACAGAAGAAGCAAAUGUCACUGAUCAAAAGGGUGUAAGAGAUUCUAUGUACCAAACAGAUAAAGAAUCAUUUAUGGAUGUUUUGGCUGCAAUCAUUGUUAGCGAAGAAUUUCAAGGCAUAGUAACAUCUGAAGCUGGGUUUACCAAAGGUUCGGAAAAUGGCUCAAAUACAGCAUCUAAAGUAUUAAAAUCUCCUGUUGCCAAUGCGGAAUCAACUCCUUCUAGUUCUGAUAAAUCUGAAGGUUCUGGAGAGUCAGCCCUAUUUUGGCUUGCUGUGAUUACCGGCAUGGCACUACUAAUUGCUGUCAAUAUCAGUGGUUCAAGUAUCUUCAAUCCUUGAGACGGUCUUCGACAAUCUUCACCUUGGUUCAGCUAAAGUUGUGCAGAAGAUUUUUAAUCAGAUCUUUCUUUUAGCUACUAGUAUAGUUUAGUAUAUUCAUGAGUACUGCUGUGGAGCAAAGCAUCUACCGGCGGCGGGUGAUUCAUAGCUUCUUUUUGUGAGAGCUACAGAUUUUAAUUCAGCUUAAAUAUAAAUUUAUUGUUCGUAUAUAUGCAAAUACAACGAUAUUGUUUUUUACCAGGCAAUAAUAAAAUAGCAGGUUUUUUAACCAUUA